AUGGUACAGGCUGGCUCUCUCGAUCUCGGGCCGUUGUCACUGUGGGGGGACGCUGCCCGCGUGUCAAGCGCAUACCUGAAUUCAAACGUUUGUCUUCCGGCCCCCCUUACGCUCUCUUGCUCUCUUCAUGCUCUCUUCAACUCUCUUGCUCACUCAAUUGCUCUUUUUGCUCUGAGGUCUCAUGCGGACACUGCUGUACAUACUUCCGAGGUUUGUACUGGCAGCAAACGAUCGUCGCUGUGGAAACGAGCGCAGCCUGCACUGCCAUCAGAAAUGGUGAUGCUAGGUUCCCAGGACGUUGGUCGCCCACUGACUUUAGCCCAAGCCCCUGGCCAUUCGAAGAUCUACCGGCAGACCCCAAAGGCCCUCAAGAGAGGUGCCGGUUUCCAACAAAGUGGAUCCCACGGCCGUCACUUCCUGGUGUUGGUGAUAUCAGCCAUGGUCGUGGGAGUCGCGGAAAGCAAGCUGGUUGAGUUCCAGUCGGGGUUCAAGUGCAUGUGGUACGACCUGCCGCACCCUGUUCAGUUUGCGGUGUUGCUGAUGAUGCCCGCGCUUUUCUUCGGAAUCAACCGGAUUUUCGGCAAGCUUGACAAAGCCGCGUACGCUCGGCUAUCUCGCGCUGUGACUGCUUGGAUGGAUGAGAAAAGGCAGGUGCAUCGGAUUUAAUCCGAGUCCAGGCGACUCAAUGCUCAGGACUUGCAUGCCCUGUUCGAAUGGGAGUUUUUUUUUGUCUCAUACGGAAACCUUCGGGGGUCGAAGAACAACAAGAUGGGCAAUUUGUGAUGUGCUAUUUUUGUUACAACGUCCUUUGGCGGCCUAUGUUGAUGCCAAUAUUAGAACAACGGCGAGGUCAGUCGUUCGUGUUUACUGAUGUUGGUACUC